CAUCUCUACUUAGCCAAGCAAGCCGGUGGUUGCGCGCGACUUCGUCCCGCUUAAAUAAAUUCAAUAGACGAGUUAUUGAUUUGAAAAAGUGCUGUUGAUCAAACAUGGUGAAUAAUUCUCUAUGGUUGAAACAACUUUGCUACCCCAAACGUCAGUUUACCAACUCGACACUUCUUAACUCCUAUUCAACAUAACAAGAAACUUAUUAUAAUUAAUUAUUAAACAACCAACACAACAACACUAUAUCCACUUAAUCAACAACAUCGUCGUUUAAACUCAAAAACGUAAACACAACAAUUGCUUAAGGAGUCAUCCAGGAGGAUUAAACGAAUUGAUGUGGAGUUAAUGUUGAAUAUUUUCCAACAUUAAUCAUCAAAAUUCUGGCAACAUCAGGAAUUUUGCUGUUGGCGAAAAGGAAAAGGAUUUUAAUUUGGAAUAUUAUUGUUCGUUUCAUUUCGGUGUUCGGUGUUUUUGUCUAACGCAGGGUUAUAUUUUUUAGGAUUUUAUUUAUUUAUUUAUUGCUAUAAUUUAAGGCGGAGCUGAUCCUCAGCUUUGAAGAGAGAGGCUCCCAACCGAAAAGGGGUUACAAUUUAGAGAUAUAAACAUUUUCAGGGUAAUUAGUCAACUAAGUAACGCACCUUCGCAGUUCCAAGCGGCGAGUUGUUCCCCCAUUUUCAUUAUGAAAAUAACGACAAUGAAGUUUAAGCGCAAAUAUGGCUGUUUAGAGAAUAUUUGAAAAGAAUUUCUCACUUAUUAACCAAUUUGGAUUUUUGUUUCGACCCUCAUUUGUUACGUAGUCUUGUAUUUUAUAAGUUAUCAACGAUUGUUUUGCACAAUUCAACGCCAUCCACAAAUCCACCCAGUUAAAUCCGCACUACCCAAAAAUCCAUACAGUUUUUGAGUUCAGUUUACUUUCGAGGAGCGAGGAGUCUAAUCAGUAUUUAGUUAGAGCCGAGAGAGUUUAGUGGUUUGCACCGAAAGGGUUUUGAAUUACAUUUAACUGCGAACCAACCAACCAUUGACCACCACAACAUGGAGAGUUUUUCGCCGGAGUUACUAUGGAUGGUUGUCAUCGGCUUCUUAAUCGCCUUUGUCCUGGCCUUCGGGAUCGGUGCCAAUGAUGUGGCCAAUUCCUUUGGCACCAGCGUUGGCUCUGGAGUACUUACCAUCCGGCAGGCAUGCAUUUUGGCCACCAUAUGCGAAAUAUCGGGCGCCGUUUUGAUUGGCUACAAGGUGUCGGAUACCAUGCGAAAGGGAAUCCUGGAAGUGGGUCUGUAUGAGGGCGCCGAGGAGGUGUUGAUGCUGGGCUGCGUGGCUGCUUUGGGCAGUAGUGCCGUGUGGCUGCUGGUGGCCACUUUUUUGAAGCUACCCAUUUCGGGAACACACAGCAUUGUGGGCUCGACCAUUGGAUUUUCAUUGGUGGCACGCGGUGUUCAAGGCCUGAAGUGGUCCACCCUGGGCACAAUCGUGGGAUCGUGGUUCAUUUCGCCGGUGAUGAGCGGAGUUGUUAGCAUCCUCCUAUUUCUGGCCAUUCGCCGAUUCAUCCUGCGUGCCCAGGAGCCGCUUAAGGCAGGAUUCCGAUCACUGCCCAUCUUCUAUGGCGUGACGUUUUUCAUCAAUGUGAUCAGUGUAGUGCUAGAUGGACCCAAGCUACUCUAUAUGGACAACAUCCCCACGUGGAUAGCCCUGACCGCCAGUUUUGGUCUGUCAUUGCUGGUGGCCUUGCUGACGCAGUUGAUAGUGGUUCCAUUGCAGCGGCGCAAGAUUGCUAAGCGGUUGCGUGCCGAGAAUCCAGUCAAGUUUAACUUCGAGGACUCUGUAGAAUCCUCGCCGUCGGGCAGUCCUAAGAAGCAGCGUCGUCCUUUGUCGCUGGUUAGCGAAGGAAAGCCACUGCCAGCCAUCGCGGAAAUUACCGAGCUGGUCUCAUUGAGUGACAACUCACCCAGGACCUUUAAACUGGCUCCAUUCGGACUUGCGGCUAAGAACAACAAUGCACCCGGCGAGGAGUACAAGAUUGAUCCGCAGCUGAUCAAGAAGGCAGAGGACCUGUUGGGCAAGGCUAGCCUGGACAACACCGAUCUGACGAUCACUAGCCUGAAUUUCAUCGACGAGCAGCAGCAACAGCAACAGCAGCAACAAAAUGGACGCAAGUUGCAGGAGUGCUUCAAAAGGAUGCAGUCGCCCAAAGAGGAGCAAAAGCACAAGGCGAGCCCCAUCGGAACGGACCUAGAAGCCGGAGCUACCAAGGCCACCAACAACAACCUUCAAGUGGUGGAGAGUGCCGGCAGCCUCGAUCUGAUGAUCAGUUCUACACUAUCGCCCAACUCCAGUAAGGUUCCUUUGAUCGAGAGCAAGGAGGCGUUAAAUGAGCAGGAGGAGGAGUUAAAGCGGGCGGCGGCCGGUGGACGAAGAACUAGUGGUGCUGAGGAGACCCCAGAGAUUUCUAUGCUUUUCUCGUUCCUCCAGAUCCUGACAGCCACCUUUGGGAGUUUCGCGCACGGUGGCAAUGAUGUGAGCAACGCCAUCGGCCCACUGAUUGCACUUUAUAUGAUCUAUCGCGAGGGCUCGGUAAUGCAGCGGGCGGAAAGUCCCAUCUAUAUUCUGAUCUAUGGAGGCAUCGGCAUCUCCGUGGGUCUCUGGCUGUGGGGACGACGCGUCAUUGAGACCAUUGGCAAUGACCUCACCAAAAUCACCUCAUCAACUGGCUUUACCAUCGAAGUCGGAGCUGCCAUCACCGUACUGCUGGCCAGCAAAAUUGGCUUGCCCAUUUCGACCACUCAUUGCAAAGUCGGUUCGGUGGUUUUCGUGGGGCAUGUGAGUGCAUCGGGUCGCAAGAAGGGUCAACAGUCAAAUGACCAGGAACAUCAAGUGGGAACUGAUAAGGAUGUUGCGCCCACGGAGGACGGCAGUGUUGAUUGGCACCUAUUCCGGAACAUUGCCUAUGCCUGGAUUGUGACAGUGCCGGUUACGGCUCUUCUAAGCGCCGGAAUGAUGUACGUGCUGUGUGCCAUUGCCGUGGAUGACAUGGGUGGGGCCUAGAGAUAGGACAAAGAUUGCCAUUCAAUUAUUAAUUGUAAUUACAAAACCAAAAUAAUGUUUCGUAAUUGUACACGUUGGAAAACACAAAACUUAAUAUUAAACACCCAAGAGGAAACUCAAGAAAAAAAAAGUGAGAAACAGAAAAUCUUAACUAAAUUACUCGCCUAACUAAAGCAUUGUAUUUAGCUCAUAGAACUUCUCUGAGUCUAACUAAUCUUGAUAUUAUUUAAUAUGUGUACGCCCAAGCAUGUCGUGAUUUGAUUUCCGAUUUCUACACUUCGAUUUAUGUUUAUAUCCGAUUUGUACUUUCCCUAAAAUGCCUUUGAACUCAAAUUAAUUUACACCACUCAAUAGAGCAGAGCAAAACACUUGAAUAAAAUACAAACUAUGUACAACAGAAGAUGUUUAUACGAUGUGGUCAGACCAAUUUUUAAUUUUAUAUUCUUUUAUUUAUUAUUUACUGAAUUGAUUUUGAAAUUUCUCUUUGAGAUUCCUUUGUCACGGUACUAAUUGGUUUUAAGUUCGGUUAAAUACUAAUUCAAAACCUAACUUAUGAGGCUCUCCAGUCCGUUAUCGAUUUACAUUCCAUUGAGAGCCAGUUCGUAUAGAAUUUCACUAUGUAGUUAUACGAAAAAUAAAUACAAAGUUAUGACA